AUGUACGGAGUAUGGUUUUAUAUUUGGCCUCGAUGGGACGAAUUGAUGAAUUUCAAGGUUUGGUGUGACGCAGCUAUCCAAAUAUUCUAUUCCCUCGGUCCAGGUUGUGGUGGAAUAUUAAACAUGGCGAGCUACAAUAGUUUCACAAAUAACAACAAAAUUGACUCUAUACUGGUACCGCUCUGCAUUAGUGCCACCAGUAUUACGGCUGGAUUUGUGGUGUUUUCUGUUUUGGGAUUUAUGUCACAUAAAACUGGAAUUCCGGUUUCUUCAGUAGCUUCUGGAGGCCUAGGACUUGCCUUUGUGACAUAUCCAGAAGCAAUAAGCCUACUACCAUGGGCUAAUUUUUGGGCUAUCCUAUUUUUUCUAAUGUUGUUUUUUGUUGGAAUGAGUAGUGCCUUUGUAACAAUUGAAGCCAUUAUAACAAGUAUAUGUGAUGAAUUUCCUGUACUCCGCAGACACAAAUUAUUCAUAACUUUUUUUACUUGUUGUAUAAUGUGGGCGUGUUCGACGAUAUUCACGACAAACAGUGGGAUGUACUGGUUAACUCUACUAGACUGCUACUCAGUCUCGACUAGUAUUGUUCUAAUUUCCUUAGUAGAAGUAACCAUAGUCGGAUGGACUUACGGAGCAAAAUAUUUCCUUAAAGAUAUUGAAUUUAUGAUCAAAAAGAAAGUUUCGUGGUUGUGGUUUAUUAGUUGGAAAUUUUCAAUUCCAGUUAUAUUGAUUGCAAUAUUUAUAAUGACAAUCAAAACUGACACCGAUAUAACUUAUGAUGGCAAAACCUUCCCAAAAUGGACCAUAGACUUAGGAUGGGACUGUUGUUACGUAUCUAUGGCUUGUAUACCAUUGUAUAUGGGUUACCAUUUGUUGUAUAUUGAAGAAGGCGAUUUUAUUCAGCGAAUUUUCUCAUCGUUCUUUCCAUCAAAACAUUGGGGACCUGUAGAUGAAAACACCAAACUGAAGUGGAUCAGGGAGGUGAAAUUAAGGCAAGUAGGUGGCAAGUUUGUUAAGAAGAGGCCCCAAGAAAUCCUACAGCUAAUAACGACUGUUUAA